AUGAGUAGAAGAGCGCCUACUUCUUUGACCCUAGCCCGAGCCGUGCCGCUUUUCUCCCUGUCUGCGGGCGCACUCGACCCAUUCGAGACGCUGGCGGUGGAUUCAUCGAGACUGCAGGUCCUGCUUGGCAACCACAAAGCCAGACAGGCCCCCGAGCCAGUCUUCAGUGUCGUGGAAUCCCUCGAAUUCCAGAAUUUCCGCGCCGUCUUCCGAACUGGAUUGGUCGAUCCCGCUCUUCUGAAUGCAGUCAUGCUUUCCUUUGCCUUCGCGGUGACGGAGGGCAGCAUUGACCGAGAAUGUCUUGGGUACCAGGGCAAGGCCAUCAGCUUUAUUCGCGAGAGGAUGAACUCUCUAGAUGAGGCUGCGUCGGAGUCAACCAUUGGGACCAUAUUGCUGCUGGCGGGGGUGGAGGCUCGCCUUGGGACGACUUCUCAGGUCCAGCUCCACAUGGGCGCUGUGCAGCGGCUGCUUGAGAUCUGUCGGUCAAAGGGCGUUUAUCUGACAGGCGGCAUCAAACGGGCCAUAUUCUGGCAAGACCUGAAUUCCUCCGUCCUAGCCGGGUCCCAUCGCAUAGUCGAUCACACAACCUUCGCCGAGCUUGAAUGGACAAGAGACCCAUUCUCUCCAAGCUUCUUCCGUCCGCCACCGGGGUUCCAGAGACUGUCACACCUGUUGACCAGAGAGCUCAUUGAAGUCAUUGAAGAUAUCAAUGCGCUACAAUGCAUUCGCGACGUCGUACCCCAGUCCAAAAGGGGUGAUGUGAUGAUGAUGGCAAACAUCAACAAUCACAUAGCAUCUAUCCAGUCCCGGCUUGUGGGCCUGCCGGCUCUGUCCCCUGUGUUGAAGUGCUGCCACCUUGCGGCGUACCUAUGCUCUGUCAUGCUGUGCUGCACUAUCUGGUGCGCUUUAGUAAUCCCCUCUCAUCUUUCCUCACAACUACUCCAGGCGCUGCAGCAGGCGAGGGACGACCCUGUAUGA